UCCAGUCAGGGCAGUGGGACGGGCUUCCGGCAAAAGGUCAUCACAAACAUGGCGUGGAGAGGAUGUGUGAUAAAAUGGGCCGAAACACAGUUCAUUAGAACAAUCAGCACUACUUCACGAAGCUCCAGGCUGAACCCCUGCAACCAACAGAGGUGCGGUUUCCGUCGGGAAGCCAAAAGGCCAGAUACAAAGAAAGGAAAUGUCACCCAAGAAACAAACCCUUCACCCUCUGAGGCUGGCGCACCACGUCCCCCACUUUCUCUCAAAGCCAGGCCAAAGCUCUUCAAACCACUCAUGUUUACAGUAGGGUUUACAGGCUGCUCCUUUGGUGCGGCUGCCAUUCUGCAGUAUGAGACCCUGAAGUCAAGAGUUCAGACUGCAAAAGAGGAGUCAGAAAAAAGGUCACGGGGCUCCCAGGACAUGGCAUACUGGCAUGACUGGUGGAACCAGCUGUCAGGCUUCCAGCGACAGCUCAUCCUUCUGGUAUCCAUGGUGGAUGACUUCUGGAGCAACCUCACAGAGGGACAGAGAACUGUCACCGGUAUCAUUGCAGUAAAUGCUGUAGUCCUGUGUUGCUGGCGGAUCCCUUCAAUGCAAAGAAGCAUGAUUAAGUACUUCACGUCCAACCCAGCCUCCAAAACACGGUGUCUUCCCAUGGUCCUGUCCUCCUUUAGCCACUACUCCAUUAUCCACAUGGUGGCCAACAUGUAUGUCCUGUGGACAUUCUCCUCAGGAAUUGUCUCUCUCUUAGGGAAGGAGCAGUUUCUUGCCGUCUACCUGUCUGCUGGUGUGAUUUCCACUAUGGUAAGCUACAUGUGUAAAACUGCUACAGGACGUCUCCAUCCAUCAUUAGGAGCGUCGGGUGCCAUCAUGGCAAUAGUGGCCGCAGUCUGUGCUAAGGUGCCAGAGGCCAAACUAGGCAUAAUCUUCCUCCCCAUGGUCACUUUCACAGCAGGAAAUGCUCUGAAAGCGCUUGUUGCCAUAGAUACAGCAGGACUUAUACUGGGAUGGCGGCUGUUUGACCAUGCAGCUCACCUUGGCGGAGCCCUGUUUGGAGUAUGGUAUGUGGCAUACGGUCACAAACUGAUUUGGAGGAGGAGGGAACCUCUUGUGAAGCUGUGGCACGACAUGCGCUCUCCAGGGGCCGGGGGUGGUGGACCUGGGCCACGAUGAGACUACGCAAGGUCUCUCUGAACCUUUUUGAAAGAAGUGAGGUCGCAGAGUUACCUCAGAAUAUGCAAAGACACUUUUAUCCACCAAGAGGGAUGUUAUUGUUUAGCGAUAAAUAUAGUUUUUCAUUAAAGGUUUGUAAUGAGCUUAAGCUUAUUUGUUGGUAUGCAGAGACCUGGAAUUUGAAAAACAGGUCAGACCUCACACCUGGUGUUGCAAUCGAGAUGUUUACAGUGUAGACUGAUAGCAUCUGUUUCCCUGCAAUUAACUUCACCUCUCUCCUACCUCUUAAUAAUCCAUAUAUGCUUAACCUUCAGCCUUCCUGGUCAUAUUAUUGAAAGCAAUUGUAUAAGCCUAGACAGAAACAGCUGAUACAAUUCAAUGAUUAAAUCCAUUGCUGAAUCCAAUGUAAAAUACAGUCCUGUGGGCUGGUCUUGUAUGUCGCUAUUAAAACUAGAUUUUCAACAA